AUGUCGGCAUUUUCUUGCGCCCCAGCGACGUUUGGGAACGUUUCACUGUUUGGGGCAGAGAUUCUAUCUUUGCAGACAAGUUUUGUCACCAAUUACACCAUCUCUGUCCCUGCUUCUGUUCGUUUCACCCAGCCGUCAGUCGAAGUGCAGAACGCGAGCUUCUGCAACAUCACAGUAACCUACACCCACCCGGGCCAAGACGACGUGGUCAAUUUCGAGGCUUGGCUUCCCGCAGAGGGAUGGAACGGGCGUCUUCAGGCUGUCGGAGGCGGCGGUUGGGUUGCAGGCCGCAGUGAACCCUUUUACAGCGCCAUGGGUGGAGCAAUAGCUGAUGGCUAUGCGACGAUCACGACUGACGCUGGGUUGGGGAACUCUUUGGACGCGAGUUCUUGGGCACUUCUCAGUCCCGGAAACGUUAACCUCUACAAUCUGCAGAACCUUGCGUCUGUGUCACUCGAUGACGGCGCAAUCAUUGGAAAGUUUCUCAUCAAGUCCUACUACGGUCAUGGGCCAGAUUACUCCUACUGGAAUGGCUGCUCUCAGGGGGGGCGUCAAGGAUUCAUGCUGGCACAGCGCUAUCCAACGCAGUACGAUGGCAUUGCUGCCGGUGCUCCAGGGAUCCAAUGGACCGAUUUCUUCCCUAGCAUGCUCUGGCCUCAGCAGUACAUGAAUAUGAUCGGGGAGUACCCCCAUGCAUGUGAACUCACGACGAUCACGGCGGCGGCAGUGUCUGCUUGUGAUGGACUAGACGGUGUCAAAGACGGAAUCAUUGGUGACGUCGACGCCUGUCUUGAUACCUUCAAUCCUUUCGAUAUGGUUGGUCGAGCAAUCAACUGCUCCGAGGCGCCUGAAGUUAGUCAUGCAGCAGCAGCUGUAGCCAACGCUACGUGGCAGGGGAUGCGCAACUCCCAAGGCGUACAGCUGUGGCCGGGACUGAGCCCCGGUACUGACCUGACUGUCGGCGUCGCAGCUACAAACUGUUCCACAGGGUCCUGCAGAGGUGUGCCUUUGUCUAUCGCUACGCAAUGGCUUUCGCUGUUUGUCGCAAGAGAUCCAGAUUUUGAUAUUUCCAACCUCAGUCAUUAUGAGUUUGAUUGGCUGGCACACCGAGGGCGGCAGAAGUACAACUCGAUCAUUGGCACCGAUGACCCUGAUCUUUCUGCUUUCCGUGAUGCCGGAGGUGGACGAGCUUCUCCCCCCAAAGGGGAGUAG